AUGGCUUCUGACAAGGAGAUCUCGCCUAACCCCGAUGGUGGCGACAUCCAAGUGUCCAAAGAUGCCACCACAGGCGGCGUCAUCGAUGUCGAUGGCGAUGAAGAGUUCUCAAAAAGGGAUCGCACCGUCAUCGAGCACGCCAGAGCAGCUACUGCCAAGGAGCAGAAGAUGACGCUUCUGCAAGGUAUCAAGCUGUAUCCCAAGGCCAUUGCAUGGAGCAUGAUCAUCUCUACCUGCAUUGUCAUGGAGGGCUACGAUGUUAGCUUGGUGAACAAUUUCUAUGCGUUCGACCAGUUCAAUAGGAAAUACGGUGAGCUGUUUCCAGACGGCAAAUACCAAGUGCCGGCCAGAUGGCAAUCAGGCUUGAGUAACGGCGCUGCUGUCGGCGAAAUCAUUGGUCUCUUCAUCAACGGUUUUGUCUCCGAGAGAUUCGGCUACAGGAAAACCGUCAUGGCCUGCCUCGUCAUGAUCGCCGCCUUCACGGCCAUCUUCUUCACUGCGCCCAAUGUCAAGGCUCUGCUGGUCGCCGAGAUCCUGUGCGGUAUUCCUUGGGGCAUCUUCCAGACCCUCACCGUCACCUACGCCUCCGAAGUCUGUCCCGUCGCCCUGCGAGGCUACCUCACCACCUACGUCAACUUCUGCUGGGGUCUUGGCCAGGAAAUCGGUAUCGGAGUCAUCUUCGCCAUGCUGAAGCGCGACGACCAGUGGGCAUACCGCAUCCCCUACGGUCUUCAGUGGAUGUGGCCGCUCCCUCUCUUCAUCGCCAUCUACUUCGCUCCCGAAUCCCCCUGGUGGCUUGUCCGCCAAGGCAAGGCCCAGGAUGCCAAGCAUGCCCUGCUCCGCCUGACCAGCCUGGACCGCGAGACCGACUUUGACGCCGACGAGACGGUCGCCAUGAUGAUCCACACGACCGCCCUGGAGGAGAAGGUCACAGCCGGCGCCUCCUACUGGGACUGCUUCAAGGGAGUGGAUUUGCGCCGCACGGAGAUUGUCUGCAUGGUCUGGGCCAUCCAGAACCUCAGCGGAAACGCCUUCUCCAACUACUCCACCUACUUCCUUCAGCAAGCCGGCCUAUCUGACCACGACUCCUACUCGUUUGCCCUGGGCCAGUACGCCAUCAACAUGGUCGGUGUCUUUGGCGCAUGGGGCCUGAUGGCUCUGGGCAUCGGACGCCGCACCCUGUAUCUGUAUGGUCUCUGCGGCCUGUGCAGCAUGCUCUUCAUCCUCGGCUUCCUGGGUUUGGUGCCCGAGUCGCACAGGAGAGAAGGUUCCCUCGCCACCGGCAGCAUCAUGGUUGUCUGGGCCCUCUUCUACCAGCUCACCGUCGGCACUGUCUGCUACUCCCUCGUCGGUGAACUUUCAUCGCGUCGUCUACAGAUUAAGACUGUUGUCCUUGCCCGCAAUCUUUACAACGUCGUGGGCAUCAUCACCAACGUUCUGACGCCAUACAUGCUGAAUCCCACCGCUUGGAACUGGAGCAACUAUACUGGAUUCUUUUGGGGCGGAAUCUGCUUCCUCUGCAUCAUCUACACUUACUUCCGUCUCCCCGAGCCCCGCGGCCGAACUUUUGCUGAAAUCGACGUGCUUUUCGAGAGAAAGGUCAGCGCGCGAAACUUUGCCUCCACAAAGGUGGAUGUGUUCCACGAAUCCAUCGACGAAAAGGUUAUGAACCAGUACGAUGGAAUUCUCGAAUCUCAUAUCGAGAAAGUCUGA